CACACUUGCCACCAUAAUUGUCAUUCCAGGAAGAUCACGAGAGUUUCGCUAGGAAGAUAAUACAUUUUCCUCUGUUAUAAGCAAUCCUGAUUGAUUACUGAUUACGGAUUCCUCUUGUUUCCAUCAACCUCAUCUUCACUUUUGAGCAGCAACAAUGAUCAUCGUUGACUCUCAAAACUGCUUCAUCUUCAUUCUCUUAUGUCUCUUCUCACUUCUCUGUUACUAUCUCUUCUUCAAGAAACCUAAGUAUGGCUUUAACUUGCCUCCGAGCCCUCCUUCUCUGCCCAUCAUUGGUCAUUUUCACCUUAUUCUCUCUGUUCUAAUCCACAAGUCCUUUCAGAAACUCUCCUUCAAGUACGGACCAUUACUCUAUCUCCGCAUCUUCAAUGUCCCCAUAGUCCUUGUCUCCUUUUCCUCGAUAGCCUAUGAGAUCUUCAAGACACAUGACGUGAACAUCUCGUUCCGUGGCAUCCCUCCCAUAGAUGAGUCCCUCUUGUUCGGAUCUUCCACCUUCCUCAUGGCUCCUUAUGGAGAUUACUGGAAGUUCAUGAGGAAGCUCAUCGUCACGAACCUGCUCGGCUCCCAAGCACUCGAACGGUCACGAGUCAUCCGUAAAAAUGAGCUUGAGUGGUUUUAUGCAAGCUUGCUUGAUAAGGCGAUGAAGAAUGAGAGCGUUGAGAUCGGUAAAGAAUCGAUGAAGUUUAGUAACAACUGCAUUUGGAAGAUGAGCAUGGGAAGAAGUUGUUGUGAGGAAGAGAACAGUGAGGCAGAGAGAGUCAGGGGUUUGGUUACAGAGUCAUUUGCCUUGUUUAAGAAAAUCUUCUUGGCAACAUUGCUUCGUAGGCCGCUCGAGAAGCUUGGAAUCUCACUAUUUAAAAAGGAAAUAUUGAGUUCUUCCCGUAGAUUCGACGAGCUGCUAGAGAGGAUUCUUGGAGAACACGGAGAAGAGAAGCCAAAUGAGCAUCAGGGUGGAGACAUGAUGGACGUAUUGUUGGCAGCUUUUCGCGAUGAAAAUGCAGAGUAUAAGAUAACUAGGAAUCAUAUAAAGUCUUUUUUCAUGGAACUUUUCAUUGCAGGCACUGACAGUUCAGGGCAGAGUACACAGUGGACAAUGGCCGAGAUCAUUAAUAACCCUAUUUGUCUAAAGAGACUAAGAGAAGAAAUCGAAUCGGUUGUAGGGAAAACAAGGUUGAUUCAAGAAACGGAUUUACCAAACCUUCCUUACUUGCAAGCGGUGGUCAAGGAAGGGCUUAGAUUACAUCCACCAGCUCCUCUAUUUGCAAGGACCUCCAGAGAAUGGUGUGAGAUUAGAGGGUUCUAUAUACCAGAAAACACAACACUUGUUGUUAAUGCUUAUGCUAUUAUGAGAGAUCCUGAUUCUUGGGAAGAUCCUAAUGAGUUUAAGCCAGAGAGGUUUUUAGCUUCUUUUGAAUCAGGGCAAGAAGAUGCACUUAAGUACAUUCCUUUCGGAAGCGGAAGGAGAGGCUGUCCGGGAGUAAAUCUGAGUUACAUCUUUGGAGGAACCGCGGUUGGAAUGAUGGUGCAAUGCUUUGACUGGAAAAUCAAAGGAGAAAAGGUUGACAUGGAAGAGGCCAUUGGAGGACUGAACCUGACCAUGGCUCAUCCCCUUAAGUGCAUUCCUGUUGCUAGAACCCUAAACCCUUUGACUUUGUAAUCUGCAAAUGAUAUCAAGUUCAAAGAUCGUUAAAGUUCAAACUUGUGAAUAUAAAAAUGUGCUUUCUGAUGUCUAUUAGAAUGACAUCCAAAAUUCCAAUGUUGACAAAUGUCUUGCGGUUU